AAUAUACGAGUGAAUCGUUACAUAAGGGAUUCAAAAUGGAUACUCUGAUAGAAUGGACACGGGAAAAUACUUUGAUAUCCAGUCUAAUUAUAAUAGUGACGGUUGCGUAUUUUACCCAUCGUAUUUUAUACAAAAGACAAAAUCUUCCUCCCGGGCCAUUAGGACUACCAAUUGUUGGCUACUUGCCCUUCAUUAUCAAAGAUGCACCCCAAAAAUUGUAUAAAUUGCGAGUUAAAUACGGUGACAUAAUCAGUAUAUAUUUGGGUAGUCGAUACACCGUAAUUUUGAACGAUUAUUCCUCUAUAAAGGAGGGCUUAAACGAUUCGAAUAUUCUUGCUCGUCCUCCGCAGAUGCCUUUUGAUCUGUUAAAUAAAAUAAAAUAUACUAAAACUGGAUUUGGUGGUAAACUAUGGUUAGAGCAACGUCGAUUCAUCUUGCACGUUCUUCGUGAUCUUGGUUUAGGAAAGAAUAAAAUGGAGGAAUUUAUUAAGGAAGAAAUAUCUCUUGUUCUCAAAGAAUUUAAGCGUUUUAACGGGGAGCCACUUUUAGCCAAUGAAAUAUUGACUCCUAGUGUAUCGAACGUUAUAGGCUCUUUAGUAUUUGGAAGAAGACUCGAGUAUAAUUCUAAGGAAAGAAAAUUAUUAGAUCAUGGUUUAAAAACUUUAGGAAAGUUUAUCGGUAAAAAUUCUUUUCUAAUAUUCAUUCCCUGGUUAAGACCAUUGGUGCGCCAUUUUAGUUUUUUCAAUUAUAAAGAAGCGGUUACGGCCAUGAAUAAUGUUACGACGUUUGUAAAACAAGAAAUUCAAGAACAUGAAAUGACCUUGGACAGCAAUAACAUAAGAGAUUAUAUCGAUGGUUAUUUAACCGAAUUAAAAAGCAGAAAUGGCGAUGACAAAUCUUAUUUUGAUGAGGACAUGCUGAUUCAAACGACACAACAGCUGUUUGGUGCUGGAAGUGGAACUGUUAGAGAGAGUUUAUCAUGGGCUUUUCUUACCAUGGCAAAAUAUCCAAGUGUUCAAAAGCGUGUUCAGCAAGAAAUCGAUAAUACAAUAGGAAAACAUCGCCUUCCAGACUGGGCUGAUCACCCGAAACUUCCAUUCACUCAAGCUGUAAUUUAUGAACUACAAAGAUGGAAAACUAUUGCUCCUUUGAAUAUUCUCAGAUAUUGUGUAAAGGAUACAACAGUGAAAAGCGUCAAAAUACCCAAGGGUAGUAUUGUUUUAGCAAAUAUCUGGGCUGUCCAUAAUGAUAAAAAUUAUUGGAAAGAUCCUGAAGUCUUUCGACCUGAAAGAUUUUUAGAUGAAACUGGAAGUAAACUUAUUCGACAUGAAUUUUAUAUUCCGUUUUCAUAUGGGAGGAUGUCAUGCCCAGGAGAAGGUAUGGCCAAAGAAGAGAUAUUUUUAUACUUUACAACUAUUCUGCAGAAUUUUACAAUUAAACCACCGGAAGGGAAAGAUUUAGAUUUAGAAGGAAAUUUUGGUAUAGUUUAUAUAUCAAAACCUCAAAAGUUGCACUUUGUGGAAAGAGAAUAAAGUUUCUCUAUCUAAAUUCUGAACUCGUAAAAAUAUAAAAAAACAUUGAUAAAAGAUGCAUUACUUUUGUAAACUUUUUAUCUUGUAUUCAUAAUUAUUUUUAAAUAUAAAAGUUAUAUAAUUAAUGGAACCGUUAUAUUUUC